AUGGAAAACGCCAGCACGAAAAAUGUAUCUUUAAAACGUUUCAAAAAAUUACCCGUAUACGUAGUGGAAGAGCAUAACGACGCAUUACAAUUUAUUUAUGCCGCAAUUGGCGGGAAAAAGUUGCCAGUAGAGGGAAUCACGCUGUUACAUCUAGACGCUCAUCCAGAUAUGCUUAUAGAUCGUAAAUUGAAAGGUGAAGAAGCAAGAGCCGGAAAAAGCUUACUGCCCCUGUUACAAAUUGAAAAUUGGAUAGUACCAGCGGCGGCGGCAGGUCAUAUCGAGCGUGUCGUGUGGCUGAGGCCGCCCUGGGCGAAACAAUUUGCGGACGGAACUCGUAUCGUACAAGUCGGAGACCACCCUGCAUCGGGGUUACUUCGAGUAGAUUGUAAAGAGUCUUAUUAUCUCUCGGAUGCGCUAUUCUCGUCCGAACUCAAAAACGCUAGAAAAUUUACAUUUACAGUCAUGGAGCUAUCUAACGCAAUUUCAAAAGAAAAUAAUUUAGUAAAUUUUACUAAAGGUCUUAAUGUACGUCACCCUUAUGUACUUGAUAUUGAUUUAGAUUUCUUCAGCACAGGAAAUCCAUUUCUAAGUUUGUAUGAAAAUAUCAAACUGUACGAUCGCUUGGAGCCAAUAUUUGGUUUUCAACUCCCGGACGAUAACGAUGUGGAGACAGUGAAGAAAGUUGUCGAGUUACGGGAGCGCCAAUUGCAAGAACUUGAGAAUUUAUUUCAGUAUUUGGAAAAACACAACAGUUUUCGAAACUAUGAAGGAGAAAAAUCCGAUUUAUUUAAGAUGGUAUCCGACUUAGCGGAUGUUGUAUCAGCGGAAGCGGAACGGCUUGGAGAGAAACCUGACUGGUGGGCGGUAUUUGCCGCUGGGUGCACAAGAGAUCAAGGUGGCUUGCCUUAUCAUAUAAGCUCGGAUGAGGAAAUACGAACGACUAUUACGAAUACUUUAAAACAUUUUUUAAGCCUCUUGCCUGCACCAGUAUUAAUAACAGUGGCUCGAUCCACGGAAGACGGUUAUUGUCCUCCAACUCAAGUAAACCACAUUCAAGCGCUGGUAUUAGAGGUUUUAAAAGAUGUCUAUGAUACUGACGAACCAUAUUUGUAUUAUUUAAAUGUAAAUAUUCCCAAUUAA